CUGUGUUUCUUCUAGUUGACUGAAGGAGCUCGAAUGGGUCAAUGUAUCACUCCAAGAUCCUGCGACUGCCGGCUCUCUUCACCAAAGUCGUUAAACAUAUACCGCUAUUCCCUAAUGUCUUAGAUUUAAUUGUUGAUCAAAAGGCAGACAUGGACGUUGAUGCUCUCCCGCCACGUCGACGCUACUUCGUAUGUCAUGUGAUACACGUCUCAAGGCCGAUCCAUUCACAACGCCUCGAGAUUUUCAGACCCCCGUAUCAGCAGGGCAGCUUCGUCGAGAGAAAAUUGGGAUGUUGUGUAAGAUCAUGGCGCUGAUGGCAUGUCUUCGAAGGCUCG